AACAAACUUCAUAUCCGGUUUGACCGGAAAUGAGAGUCGCGCGGGGCAACCAAAAACAAGCAAACACGAGCGUGGACUUCUAGAAGAAGCAGGAUCUGAUGUUCACCUAUCUGAUAUCCUAAAGACUGGAAAUGGCGAGCAUCAGCGAUAAAGAAGAAGCUCGGGCCGAGUUGGACUCGGUCGAAGCCGAGUUGGAGUUUCUGGAGCUGCAGAUCUCUGAGCUCCUGGAGAAGCAGGCGUCUCUAACCUCAAGGAAAAACAAACUUCUGAAGAUUCUGGAUGGCUCGUAUGACUCUGCUCAGCCCUCAGGAUCUGCGAAGCCAUCCAAACCCGGCUUCAGCAAAAAAGACUUGCAGCACUAUGAGGACUCAGAUUUCUCAUGGUCAAAAGACGUUGAGACGAAACUGGCGACUGUGUUCAAACUCUCCAAGUUCCGACCUCUUCAGCGAGCCGCGAUCAACCUCAGCAUGUCAGGGAGAGAUCUGUUUUUGGUGAUGCCUACCGGCCGCGGCAAGAGUUUGUGCUACCAGCUACCGGCUGUCUGUUCAAAGGGUUUUACGCUGGUCAUCUCUCCGUUGGUGUCUCUGAUGGAGGAUCAACUCAUGUAUCUGAAGUCCAUCAACGUUCCUGCUGUAACACUUAAUGCUUCUAGUUCAAAGGAGGAUUCGAAAUAUGUCAUGGCAGGCAUGAUUGAUAAAAACAGCCCCUUCAAACUGCUCUACGUGACUCCGGAGAAAAUCUCUAAAAGCAAACUGCUGAUGUCUAAGCUGGAGAAAGCUUAUAACAUGGGUCUGCUGGAGCGCAUCGCUGUAGACGAAGUUCACUGCUGCAGUCAGUGGGGUCAUGACUUCAGACCAGAUUACAAGCUCCUGGGCAUUCUUAAACGUCAGUUCCCUAAAGUCCCACUGAUCGGCCUGACUGCCACUGCGACCAGCAGCGUUCUGAAAGACUGCCAGAAGAUCCUGUGUGUUCAGGAUCCCGUCACACUUACAGCACCAUUUAACAGGCCUAAUCUCUAUUAUGAGGUUCGAUUUAAAGACAGCGAAGACUCGACUAAAGGAAUUGCAGCACUGAUUAAAGGAAAAUACAAGGACCAGUCAGGAAUCGUCUACGUUUUCUCACAGAAGGAUGCAGAGACGGUGUCUACAGAGCUGCAGCAGAGGGGAAUCCUGGCCCAGCCGUAUCAUGCCAGCAUGGAGCCUUCAGAUAAAACCCUGGUGCAUCAUCAGUGGUCUAGCAAAAAGAUUCAGGUGGUCGUUGCCACGGUGGCCUUUGGAAUGGGCAUCGACAAAGCAGAUGUGCGGUUUGUUAUCCACCAUACCAUCAGCAAGUCCAUAGAGAACUACUAUCAGGAGAGCGGACGUGCAGGGAGAGAUGAUGAUCCAGCAGACUGCAUCGUGUUCUACGGGUUUCAGGACAUUUUCAGGAUCAGCACCAUGGUUGUGAUGGAGAACACCGGGCAGCAGAAGCUUCAGAAUAUGGUGGCUUAUUGUCAGAACGUCGACAGGUGUCGGCGCGCCGUGAUGGCAGUUCAUUUCGAUGAAGUUUGGGACGACGAAGAGUGUAACCAGGCGUGCGAUGUCUGUCGCCAUGGCAAUGACUACAUCACCAUGGACAUCACCAAGCACGCACGUGAGGUGGUGGAUAUCGUAGAGCUGGCUGCAUCUCUGGACGAGAAGUUCACCCCUCUGAAGGUGUGCGAUACCUGGAUGGGGAAAGGCAGCGCCAAGAUCCGUAAAAUGUCCAAGGUCACGACCCUGUCACGCCCGGAGGUGGAGUCCAUCGUUGUUCAUCUCUUACUACACGGCUACUUCAGUGAAGACUUCAGCUUCACACCAUACACAACCUACUUUUACCUGAAAGCAGGACGUAAAGCCGGCUUACUGAAGAACGAAAACCACUCCGUAACCAUGAAGAUGAGGAGGAAAGUCUCUCCACCCGGCGCAAGUAUUGACCAAUCGGUUGCCGAGCUGCAAGAAGAAACUCACGGAAGCUCGAAGGACAUCAUUACUGAUCAAAGUGCAAAUGGAAACGUAAUCAAUACAAACACCGACCAACCGAACCCGGAGAGGCGACUCUCCCAAAAUCAGGAGGACUCCAGCUCAUUACAAGCACCCGAAAGCAUCCAGCCGCGCGUCAUCGAGGUGAACGUAGAAGUGAACGUUCAGGAUAACGCCGGAAACGGCGCCCAAGCUCUUCAUAAAACGACUCGACAGCUGGUGCCGUCUAAACGAAGACGACGGCGGUUCUCACCUCCACCUUCGAAAUCGGUUCUAGCCAGCUGUCCGUCGGAGACCUCCAUCAUUUCUGCAGCAGCCGUCGAAGAGCUGUGCGACCUCCGCAGCUACUACAGCAAACAGCUGAGGAGGAUAAACUACACGUCCCACGAGCAGCUGCAGGAGUCGCCGUCAGGAAUGCUGACAUGCAUAAGAGAGCCGCUGAGAAGUCUCCGUCUCCCCUCCAGUACCACCAUAGCCAAAAGCGCUAGAAAUUUAUGGACACGUGUUAGCAUGAGAAGGAAACUUAUCCAGAGAUGACGUUUAAAUCCACGAUUAAAUCCGUUUAAAUUUACGAAGUUACCUAGAGUUACGUUUUUGGAAAACUCAUCUGCUUCAGUGUUGCACUGCCCACUUCAUGAAAAAGACACAGAUCAGUGUUUGAUUUAUAAAUGAAGAAGAUUUUUUUUGUUUGUGUUAUUUAUGUUGGUGUUGAAAUAAUGAAAAUAACAAAUAUAUAAAACAAUUGAUUAAAAGUAUUAGCACUCCCUAGUAUAGGCUAGUUUUUACCACAGUGCUGCUCGACUCUGGCUCCUGAUUGGUCAGAUUAUGUCAAUAGAUCUUCUGUAUCUUGCAGUAGAAUAGUUAUGACACAUUCACAGGAACUUGUGUCCAGAUUUUUUAACGUUAUCCUUUGUUAUAAUGACCCAGCUGAUUACGAUGUUUGUACUUUGACCAGAAAUAAAGUUUCAGAGCUUAUAGUUAUAUA